AUGCAGAAAUAUUGCACAAAUAAGCGAUUGAUUCGAUAUGCCUUGAUCAAAUUUAGAAACUUUCACUCAGUGACAAAAUACAGCAUACUAUACCAAAAAUACGAUAACACAGAGCUCGGUCGAAAAUGGGAUGAUCGAUUUCCAGCUACUGAGGGGGGAGAACGAAGGGGAAGAUUCAAUGAUCGGUUUACAUUUAAUAAUAGAGGAGAAAGAAAGGAAAUGGGUGAACCUAGUGAAAGAGAAAAUCGAAGUGAAAAGUGGGACGACCGCUUUAAAUAUAAUGACAGGGAAGAACGGGGCAGACGAAAUGACCGAUUUAAAUCUGAUGAAGAAGGAAAGGGAAGGUGGGGUGAUCGUUUUAAGUAUAUCGAAGAAGAACGAAGGGGGAGGUCCGAUGAUCGGUUUAAGUUUAGUGAUAAAGAAGAACGAAGAAGAAAAUGGAGUGACCAAUUUGAAUCUUAUGAAUCAGAAGAACGGAUUGACCGGAAAAAAAAAGACGAUCACAUGGAGCUCGGUCGAACAUGGGAUGAUCGAUUUCCAGCUAAUGAGGGAGGAGAACGAAGGGGAAGAUUCAAUGAUCGGUUUACAUUUAAUAAUAGAGAAAGAAGAGAAAGGGUGGGUGAACCUAGUGAAACAGAAGACCGAAAAGGAAAGUGGGACGACCGCUUUAAAUAUAAUGACAGGGAAGAACGGGGCAGAAGAAAUUACCGGUUUAAAUCCGAUGAACCUAGUGAAAGAGAAGACCGAAGAGAAACGUGGGACGGCCGCUUUAAAUAUAAUGACGGAGAAGAAUGGGGCAGACGAAAUGACCGAUUUAAAUCCGAUGAACCUAGUGAAAGAGAAGACCGAAGAGAAGCGUGGGGCGGCCGCUUUAAAUAUAAUGACGGAGAAGAACGGGGCAGACGAAAUGACCGAUUUAAAUCCGAUGAAGGAGAAGAACGAAGAGGAAGAUCCGAUGACCGCUUUAAGUUUAAUGAUAAAGAAGAGCGAAGAAGAAAAUGGAGUGACCAAUUCAAAUCCCACGAAUCGGAGGAACGGAUCGACCGGAAAAAGAAAGAUGAUCCAUACUUGUCAAAGGCACCAGAACCCAAAGUUUAUAGCUGGAAGGGUCGAGGAAGUAAGAAAGCAGCUUUGGGUGAAAGCAAUAAAAUGGACUUUGAUCCGGAAACCAUUGAAGCUCGUCGCUUGUGGCGAGCGAAGUUCGAAUAUAAUCAUGAGUAUCCCGAAGAACUUGCUCGAGUGCACGGUGUUACAAAUCCAAAAAUUCUUCAUCUCCAAAAACUUCGUGAGAACCGUCAAUACAGAGAAGAAAUGAAACAGCUUACUGUUCAAGGCGAAGCGCCUGUUCGCGCUCUACAUCAACGAGGUAUCCCGAUUACUAAUUUAUAUAUAACUGCUCCGCAUAGACCUAAAACAAAAUACGAAAUUCAACCGCCAGCAUUGGAUUUCAUCAAGAAUCCUCAUCAAAUACCAGCAGAUCAAUACUACCUGAUCAGCAUUGAUAUGACAAGGAAAGUGUUGGGAACUGCAUCAAGACCAGAGGAUCACGAAAUUUUUGCCGAAAUUUCUUUCCCUAAUAUUCCGCUCCCUACUGAUAAAAAAUUAAAUAAACUGUUAAUCAUGGAUGGAGUCAACGAGGCGACAGAUGUUGGCUCUCUGAUAAGAACAGCGAAAGCACUUGGAUAUGAUGGAUCAUUUAUGGGUGAGAAGACUUGUGAUGUAUACGACGACUUUGUUCAGCGAUUUAGUGGGUUCCAUUCGAUAACAUGGCCUCAUAUAAGUGGCAACCACGAGAAAUUGUAUAAUCUAAUAAUUGAGAAUGAUCUCAGUCUUGUUGUUGUUCAAGUACUACCAGUUAAUCAAUCAAACCCGCCACCAAGGAAGCUUAGUGAUGAUUCGAAUCUUUUGUUCUGGACAUUACCUCGUGAUCUUGACACACCUUUUCCUAAAAAGAUUGCUACGUAUAUAUCAGUCACCGGACCGCGACCAUUGUUAAACCAACUCGUAACACCAAGUGAUAAAAAGAGGCCUAAUGUAUGGUAUAUUACCAUACCUAUGAAACCAGAGGUCUCUAAAAUGGACAUAAGUGCUGCUGGAGGGAUUGCUAUGUUUGAGAUAGAAAGAAUGCUGGCAAAAAGCAAUUAA